AUGUAUGGAAUUGGCCCGGCAUCUCAAGAGAGGCUCAGGGAACGGCCAACACGGCCAGACACCAAGGACAUCAGCAUGGCAGCUUGGAUCUGUGUCAUUCUGCCCCAGAAGAUUGUCAACUACCGAGCGAAGAGCACCGACGGGCUGAGUAUAUUCUUUCUCGUCACCAUGAAGGCAGUCGAACCAUCUGCUAGAGUCAAGCAGAUGAAGAUGAGGGAAGCAUGCAAGCAACGAGAGCUUUUGGCCAAGCACGGUAUGAAAGGACGAAGUUUCCAGGGUGUCAAGAAGGGUCAGCAGGAGGCGCCAUCCAUGGCCUAUGAUCUUUGGCAAAGUACCCCCUCUUCACCCGAGGGCAGGGAAUCAAGAGGCCACUAUCAGGUCGAGGACAAGGAGGGCUGGGUCCUGCAGCAGUGCCUGCCCUUGAGCGAAGCCAUCAGUGGAGGAGGGCCCAGCUGA